AUGAAGAGACAUGUUCUCAUGUCUCUUUUUUUACUUUUAUUAGUAGUAGAUUCGAAACUAUCUAGGAGAUUCAAACGACAAGUCAUCCCUUCUCAACAUAUCAUGAUACAUUCCGUCGACUCAAAAGUGAACAUGGACCGGUUUAUCAAUGUAGCAUCAAUGGACUCAAGAAUACAGCUGUUAGAAAAAAACGUCAACGGUACAUUCUGGAGUAGCAGCUCGAAAAUGCAGUUUGACGCGUACGACUCAUUUGUCAAUGCCUCUUUCAACUCGGAAUACUUUCACAUCAACAUUGCGCAGUGUGAACUUUUGUUUGGCAACUCCCUCGAGAGUUUGCUUUUCAUGACAACCAACAGAACUUCCGAUGGUCAUAGUUUACUGACAUUUGCGUUGUAUGAUAAUGCAAAUAUGACGCUUGUCGAGGAAGGGAUUGAGUUUCAGGUGACUUUUGGAAACGGCCUGAUAAAUCUUAUAUCCGGCACUAGCGAUUUCGACGUGGCUAUUUCACCUGUGGAUUGUACUGUGAAUGCUAGAUACUUGUCCAAAACCCAAUUUGACAAAGGGGACGGUCCAAUCUUCAUCAGUGGGAUUCCAGUAUAUGAAACUGGGGUUACAGUAAACUCGAUGAUGCUGGUUCUGCAGUUGAACAAUGAUGGAAUGUUGCAUGCAGAUGCUACUGGAUCGGAGACGCUAAUGAAAACAUCUAUUCAGAAUGUUGGCCUCACAACUGGCCACCAAGAAAUCAGAAUCACUGGUGGAGUUCCUGGAUUAGUUAUAGAGUCAGGAGAUGCCCGGUUUGAGAUCACAAAACUCUCCUCCCCAAUGGCUUUCACCUACCUUCCUGGCUUCUCUCUUCCAGAAGACCGUUUCGAAAACAUUGGACCAUAUUCAGGUAGAAAAUUCCAUCUGCAUGCUCGCCCACCCCCACCACUACCACCUCCAAUUCUUCCACCAGUUCUCAAACCAGUCAUAGUCGCACCUAUUGUUAUAUCUGCACCCGGUUCAAAAGCUCCACCACCCCCACAUAUGGUUUUAUUACCUCCGCCGAUUCCUGACGAGGCUCCACUGCAGCCAAAAUCUCAAAUUUCACUUCCACCAGAUUUGAUGAAGUUUGCCGCUGAUAUUGCACCACCUAAGAAGAACAAUUCCACAAACGACGAGGAGAACGAUGAGAUGACCGAAAAAGAACAAGCCAAGGCGAAGCGUCGUAAAGAGAAAAUGUAUCGUGAGUGGGAAAGUGAGGAGAACAACGUCGACAACGACGGCGACACCAAAACGGAAACAUUCACUUAUCCCAACGGCACAACUGUGACGAGACUCAUUAAUAUCCGGCGACAAGUCAAGACGAAGAUUGUAUAUAAGCAUCGGGUGGAGGAGGAUGAGGAUGGGAAGAAAAAUCUGAAUAACAACUCCACUAUCGAACCACUCAUAUUCCCCGAUCCUGCUCAUCUGAACUAUACUAAACUUGCCACUGACUGCAAAGGGAACACAAUUGAUUUCAACAUCACUAACAACGUCGAAACCUCCACUGGUUAUCAUUUAGUCACAUUUCCAACAGUUGGAGUCCCAGGAGAAACAACCACGAAUUCACCUACCACGGAUAAUGAUUUGAUAACUGAACCAACAACAACAAUGGAGACCACUAAUCCCACCAAUACCGAACAUCCGGUCGCUAAUCCCGAAGAAACUACAGUAACCAUUGAGAUAGCCACCACAGAACAGUCUUCGACACCAUCUGAUGCAGUUAGCAGCACUCAAUUACCCCCAGAAGAGUCAACGGACAUUGUUUCAAGUACCCCAAUUGACUUGACCACUUCUCAGGGAUCUGUUGAAUCUACCAUCAAAACAUCUACAGUUGAGGGACUUUCGACAAUGGAUCCAACUUGGAUAUCAACUACUGAUAACACCCAACUAACUACUGAUAGUACUACAAUAGCUAUAGAAACUUCCACAACACCAGUAGCAGCAACAGCAGAGCCAGAAACAAGCGAAACAACAGUUUCCUCGGAGCUAACAACGGAAGCUUUACUAACCACAAGUUCCAGCAUUGAGACUGAAAUCUCUACUGUUACAAAUAUUGAGGCUUCAACUCAAGAAACCUAUCUGACUACUCAGGAAAAUGAUUUUGUCAUUGGUCACUGGUUCAGUACAGAGGAGGUUCGAUUUGAAACUACAACUGAACCUUCUGGAAUUGGUAUCACUGUUACUUUGGGAAAUGUUGAUUUUGCCACAACUUCCUCCACUGAAGAUGACGUCCCGAGACCUGGAGAUCUCAAUGUUGGUCAAGAGGUAACUCCUGGAAUAUCCCUGGGCUCUACUGCUUCCCCCCUUGUCAGUUCUACCUUGGAAAUUGGAAAUUCGGAAGAUGGCAUUGAAGAACCUUCGAACCUCCCACUAACUAGUCCUCCACCCCAAGAAGAACAAAUGUUGAUCUUAAAACUGAAAGUACCCGCCGAUGUCGAUGUGAAUUCGCCGCAAUUCGUGAAAAAUAUCACAUCCAGUUUGCGAAGACUGGUUCGAGACGUUUCGACGGAACUGAGGAAACGCCGAAAACGUUCGAUGACCAAUGUGACAGAAAUUAAUACAAUAUAUAGUACAACGAACUACGAUGACGACACGUCAGGUGUACCUAUCAAAGUGGAGAAUAUCACAAAAUCACUGAACAUAACAGUGGUCACAUUUGCAUUACAAUUUGACCGUGAACUCAACAAUGGGGAGUAUGAACUCCAAAAUGCGCUACAUGAAGUGAACACCAAUGAUUUGUACCGAUACUUUGCUUUUGAGGUUACAUCUUCAUCAUCCAACAAAACCGAUUCAUGGAUUAACCAGUAUUUAUCGUCGAAUGUACAUGACAGACAGCUUAGCACAGCAUCCGCAAUAGGCACAUAA